AUGGCUCGAGCCGUCAUCCGAGUCGCGUUGAUCGCGACAUGCGUGGUACUUUCUCUGACUGCCGAGGAUCGACAAGCACGUUCGGGCGAUCUUGAUCGAGGACCACCCCCUAACGCGGGGGUGAAUCUUUACACAGACAUUUUUAGAAUUAAUAAUGCUUAUAAAAAUAGUGAAUCUUUGGGGGUGGAUUUUUUUGGGGGUGAAACAGUACUCGAUGACAAUCAAAGGGAUGAAGUUGUAAUUGAUGAUAAAAGUGACAAAAACAGUGAUCUCAAUAAAAAUUCCUCGAAUAAUAUUUUGGACCGAUUAUUAAAUUUAAGGUUUAAGCUUCCCUUUCAAGGCAAUGCCAAUCCAAUGCCUUUAGAUGACUUAUCCAUAGUACCGUCAGAAGAAUCGAUGGCGUUAAGAAGACGUUUGGAAAUGAGCACCGAAUUUUUCCUAGUGCCAUCAAGCACUAAUGCACCAACUUCAACAGCUCCUCAAGUCCACGUUACAAAGAGAGUGAAUUCUGUUGAAGCUGAAACUAUCAUCGGAGGUGUUUUUAGAAACGAAGUUUGGGUGCUUCCAGUAUUGGCUCUAUCAGCUAUAACGAUGAUCCUUAUAGCUGGUUUUGAGAUUUUUGUAUUAUGUAAAGCAUGGAGGACUACUCCUAGUAGAAGACAUCUUUUCCUUGGACAAAUGCUGUUGUUAGGACUUUUUUCUUCGGCAGGCCUAGCUUCAGUUUUUGCAGCUUCUCCUACUCAGUUUACGUGUGCCUUGAUGCGCUUUGGCACUGGAGUAUCUUACGCCAUAGUUUUUGCUUCUCUAUUAGUUAAAUGUGUUUUUCUGAUUAGCCUCAACGGGGGUGUUUAUUUACCUGCCCCAUAUCAAGGACUUUUGUUGCUUUUUGCUAUAUUAAUUCAAGUGGCCAUAGGAGUGCAGUGGUUGUUAACUAACCCUCCGUUAGUAGACGCCGUUACUGUAGAGCAUAUAGUACAUCAACAUAGAAAUAGAUUAUUAGUUACUGCUGCUGACAUAACCACCACACAAGUGGUACCGCUGUGUCGUACCCCUUACACGGACAUGCUUUUAUCUUUAAUUUACGUAAUUUUUCUUAUAAUAUUCGUAACGGUUUUAGCAGUUAAAUCUCGCGGAAUUAGAGACAAUUACCGCGAAGCUACCUACAUUGGACUGUCCGUAGGCUGUAGCAUACCGACGUGGUUAAUAUGGACUGUGAGUGGUUUAAUUGUGAACGAGAGACAUCGAGACGCUUGUAUAGCUUUCGGACUCGUUAUUAUGUCUAUAAUGGUUUUCUUAAUUAUGUUUAUGCCUAAAGGGAGACAAUUAGCCGCAAUGGGAAAAGAGGGAGUUUAUAUUGAAGAUAGAGAAGAAAGGUUCAGCUCUCUAAGUCGAGCUGGCUCAGGAUAUUCACCGUCAUUUUUUCAUUUCAAGCCGAUCAAAUAUGGAAUGAAUCAUGGAAGCAAACAUCAGCCCAUCGCUACGCUGAGAGCUGGAGAUUUGGCAUUGUGUCCAGCACCGCCUAGUUACACCCGACUUUUCCAGUAUCCGCCCGGGUACUAUUCGACACGGUACUUGCCAGGUGGAUUGUAUCUGAGACCAGAUGACGGCAACUUGUACACGACCCUAGAGCCGACCCUGAGCAGCAACCCGAAUGUGUACUUCCAAAGAGGAAACGGUCUGCAUCCUGGCAUGAUGUAUUGAAUUCAUAAUUGGAUAUUACCCAGAAGUCGUUUGUGAAAUGAGAGAAGCAAAAAUGCAUUUCAGACGUUACGAAUGCAAAUGAUUUAUAUUGUAAACGGCAAUGAAAUGCAUAUCGAUCAUUCAAGUGAUCGAUAUGUUGGUUUAUUUUCGAUUAAUUUCUAAUUCAAUUACUUUGGAUACUUAGCAAACAAAAUUUUAGUUUGUGAUCACUGUGAUCAAUUAUUUUAUUAUGAGGCAUACAUUUAAACUGUAUUGUAAAUAUUAUCAUAUUAGCUUUGAACUCUUGCAUUAUUCGUUUUGUGAAGCUUUUGCUGUAUAGUGCGUAAGUUUAUGGAAUUAUAUUGAUAAGAAGAAUAUUUUCAUUAAAAUGAAGAUUACCUAAACUUUUUCUUCUAGUUCGUAUUUGCAUGCAUGCUGCAUUUUAUUUUAUUGGAUAUAAGUAAUUAGCCAUAAUUGUAAAAUAAAUAAUUUUUAAAAAACACAACGAAAGUGACGUGACUGAAAAACGGUAUUUACCAUACUAUUUUGUAUUGCAAACUUAAUUAGGUUUUUCUUACUGUUAGGAUUUAACUUCCCUCAUCCUCACUGCAUACCUAUCUCCUGAGUAGGUAAG